UCGAAUUCCCCACUCACCGGGAUUGCAAGACUUUAUUCUGUUAAAAUGGUACUGUCAUUAUGCUCUUCAGUGGUGAUAAUGCACAUUAUUCGUAUGAUUUUUUUGAAGUAAAAUUGGUGUAUAUGACACGAUAUGUAUCAUAUAUAUCAGGUUUAGAUGCGAGUGGGUUUAUAUAGAGACUCCACGUUAACAUUUUAUAUACAUACAGCCAUACCUUAACAUUGAUAUGGUUCCCAUCUCUCUAGCUCUCCCUUCCGCAAUGACUAAUCCCAGCUGUAAUAAUUUUUGUAAGCCAACCCUUUCAAAUCUCUCCACAAUCUUUCUCUCGUUCUUGCUCCACCUUCUCAUCCGCCCUAUUGCCGGCGAAUUGGCACCUCCAUAUACUCCUACUGAAAAUAUUACCCUCUCCUGUGGUUCCUCCGGCCACUCUAUCAAAUCAUUAGAUGGUAGGACAUGGAUCGGAGACAUUAACUCCUCAAUCUUCCCCAUUGAAAAAUUACAAAACAACGCAUCAGUUACCUCUGCGGCUAGCCAACCAACAACUUCGACCAGUGUACCUUAUCUCACAGCACGCGUCUCUCACUCCGAAUUCACCUACGUAUUCCAGGUCACUUCUGGCCAAAAAUUCAUCCGACUGUACUUCUACCCAGCUAUAUACCAAAACUUUGAGCGCUCCAAAGCCCUUUUCUCUGUCAAAAUUGGCCCCUACACUCUUCUUCACGAAUUUAAUGCAUCGCUUACUGCCGAUUUCGAUGAUAAUCCUUUGGAUACUAUAUACAGAGAAUUCUGCAUUAACGUGGUAGAUGAGCAGUGGUUAAACAUAACUUUUAUUCCAAGCCCAGAUAAGAUAGAUUCGUAUGCAUUCAUCAAUGGAAUAGAAGUUGUAUCGAUGCCACCAUAUCUUUACUACACUAAACCCGACGAUCCAGAAAAUGGGUUCAAAUUUAUCGGAGAACCAAACCAGCGUGUGCGCAUCGAAAACAACACUGCUCUGGAAAUGUUAUACCGCAUAAACGUGGGUGCAGGUGAAAUACCGCCUUAUAAAGAUACAGGAAUGUUUCGGAUGUGGUCAGCUGAGGGCGCCUACCUGACGUCCUCUGGGACAAGUGUUUUACCUGUCAACUUAACUGCCCACCCCCAGUUUACCAAAAUCCCUGCUUACACUGCGCCAGAAGAUGUCUAUCGAACCGCACGGUCUAUGGGAAUGGAUAAUGAGUUAAACAAGAAGUAUAUUCUCACCUGGCAGUUUCCCGUGGAUUAUGGGUUCAUGUAUAUGGUAAGGUUACAUUUUUGCGAGUUCGAGUCGGAGAUUCGUGUAAUCGGUGAUAGAGUGUUCCUCAUCUUCAUAAAUAAUCAACCCGCAGAGGGAGGAUUCGACGUGAUAAGACAAAGUGGUGGAAACGGGGUUCCAAUAUAUAAGGAUUACGCAGUCUUGAUGCCCAAUGCCCAAAGAAAUGAGAAGAAACUAAACCUCUCUGUCGCUUUGCAGGCAAACCCAGCUGAUUGGCAAACAGCCAGAAGUGAUGCUAUCUUGAAUGGUAUUGAAAUCUUCAAGUUGAGCAACGUCGACGGCAAUCUCGCUGGACCCAAUCUCGACCCUCGUGAUAUAUUGACCCCAACAACCACUACGCCGCCGAGCCAAUUGCACAAAAGGCGAACAAGGGUUGCAAUCUUGAAAGCAAUAAUUGGUACUCUUGGAGGUAUAGUUUUCAUCGUGGCCAUGCUAUCUAUUGUCGGAUUCUUGAUUUUCAGGCGAAACAAGAGGAUCAAGCAGGAGGGCUCCAGUGAUGGGACAAGUUGGUGGUAUCCGUUUUCGCCUUCAAAAACCAAGUCAAGGACUAGUGGCUCAUCUCUUCCAUCUGAUUUGUGCCGUUGCUUCUCUCUGACUGAAAUUAGAUCUGCGAUCAAUAAUUUCGACGAUGCUUUCAUCAUUGGGGUUGGGGGUUUUGGCAAUGUCUACAAAGGGUAUAUUGAUGAUGGGGCCGCCCUUGUUGCAAUCAAACGACUGAAUCCAAGGUCGAGACAAGGUGCCCACGAGUUCCAGACAGAGAUUCGGAUGCUCUCCCAGCUUCGCCACCUCAAUCUCGUAUCUCUUAUUGGCUAUUGCAAUGAACAACAAGAAAUGAUCCUCGUCUAUGAUUACAUGGCCCGCGGGUCGCUUCGGGAUCAUCUCUACAAUACCGACAAACCACCUCUUUCAUGGGAGCAACGACUCCAGAUAUGUAUCGGAGCGGCCCAUGGGUUGUAUUAUCUACACAGGGGCACAAGCCGCACAAUCAUUCACCGAGACGUGAAGACGACAAAUAUUUUGUUGGACGAAGAAUGGGUGGCAAAGGUUUCUGAUUUUGGUUUGUCUAAACUGGGCCCAACAGGUCAUUCCAUGACCCAUGUGAGCACAGAGGUCAAGGGCAGCAUUGGGUACUUGGAUCCAGAGUAUUACCGGCGUCAGCAGCUGACUGAGAAGUCCGACGUGUACUCGUUUGGCGUCGUCUUGUGUGAAGUGUUGUGCGCAAGGGCACCUUUGGUUCGCAAUGCUGAUAAAGAGCAAGUGAGCCUAUCAGAGUUGGUCCGGAAACGCUAUCAGAGCGGAAAGCUUGAUCAGAUAGUCGACCCAUUUUUGACAGGAGAGAUUUCGCCAGAUUGUUUGAGGAAAUUUGGUGAGAUUGCAGUAAGUUGUUUACUUGACGAUGGAGUCGAGCGACCAUCGAUGGACGAUGUGGUUGGAGACCUCGAAUUUGCGCUACAACUGCAACAUUCCAAAACUGGUAAAAAAUCAGUAAUUGGGGAUCAUUGUGAUGCCGUUUUUACCGGUAGCAGUGGAAGCGAGCACAAUGGAAAGGGUGGCAGCAGCGAACUGGAGCCGAGUUUCGGGGAAAAGGAAUCAUAUAGCUUGAUCUCUGGGACAGCGUUCUCUGAUCUCGUGAAUCCGAAAGGACGAUAAAGAUCAAUAUGUCCAUGAGAGAGAUUAUGAUGUCUUACAGCAAGGUGCUUUGACCAUAUGAGUAGAAGAAAGAAAGUGAAGGGAGAAGCCUUUUGUUGCCUAAUGGGAAGUGAAAGCUGGAAUCUUGUUUGGAGGUUGAAUACUCUAGGUGUUGUGAAGACUUUCAUUUGGAAAGCCAUCAAUAAUUGUCUCCCUACAAGAGUGAACCUGACUAAAAGGAAGAUUAUUGAGAACCCCUUGUGCCCAAUAUGUGAAAGAGAGGAAGAAACGAUUUGUCAUACCCUGUGGAGCUGUAUAGUUGCAUCUGAUGUGUGGGUUGAAUUUAUAAGCCCUAUCCACAAACAGUCCAACAAUGAAGUUGAUUUCAUAGUGUUAUGGAAGAAGCUAUAUAUCUCUGAAACUUCUGCAGAAUGACUUGAUGUUAUAGCAAUUAUCACGAGGAGGCUUUGGACUAGAAGUAAAAAAUGAUUUUUUAGAGGACCUUCACUAGUCCUAGAGUGGUAGUGAAACAAGCAAGCGAGAGUCUUGAUGAGUUCACGCAAGCACAUAACAAUCUAGGGAGGGUCAAAAGUUGUUGGGAGUACUGACAGAGGCAUGGCUAAGUGGAGACCACCUUGGCAGUGGUGUCAAAGUCAAGUGGAUGUUGCAGUAAUUGUUAUCAGAGACUCUCAAAGGGAGACUUUGGUUUCUUUGUGCAUGAGUAGGAAGGAAGUUACAUGCCCAAUGAUAGUAGAAAUAUUGGCCUAAUGGAGGGCUUUGAAAUUAUGUGUUGAAUUCAACUAGUACUUUAAUUCUGU